GGGUUGCUGAGAGGGGCAUUUAAAAAGGGCAGAGAUUUGGAACUCAUUUCAGAAUUCUGGAACGGAGUGCAAUUCAGCCUUCCUGAUUCUUUUGCAGCAGUAAAAACAGCUCUGUGGGCAAAAUGGAAGUUUCUUUGGUGUUGUGCAGCCUCUAUAUUCUAAUGUUCCUAGAAGGGAGCCCGGUAGCGCAAGCCUGGAAAAAAGUACUAAAAAAUGAUGCAACUGAGUUAAUCCCAGAGUAUGGAGAGACAGGAUCCGAACGGCUGGAGCAGGCAAAUGCCAACAACAAUACGAUGAACCAGGCGAAGUACGGAGGCAGACACUGGGGACAAGAUCAGGAUGUCAGUGGCAUGUCUGAUUUCAGCUGUAGGGAGCUUCGGUCUACCCGCUAUGUCAAUGAUGGUUCCUGUCGCAGUGUAAAGCCUGUGAAGGAGCUGGUAUGUUCGGGUCAGUGCUUACCAUCCUAUAAUGCCAUCAGUCGGACCAAAUGGUGGAGGCACAGUAGAUCAGAUUACCGCUGUGUUCCAGCUCACACUCGUACACAACGUAUUCAGCUGGAGUGCCCAAACCAGGAAACAAGGACGUACAAAAUUCGAGUUGUGACCUCUUGCAAAUGCAAACGAUAUUCUCGCCAUCACAAUCAGUCAGAGAUGAAGGAGUUUGGAACGGCUCAACCAAGAAGCAACAAAAAUAAGUCCAGUAAUGCACGCAUCAGAGAUGCCACCAACACAUUUGAAAUGCAGAAUAUGUACUAGAAACUCUAUUAAUAUUUAAAGGACUCACACAACAGCACCUACUAAUGGCUAUUUUGCUUGAUGCAGGACAAGCCUGGCUUUUUAAAGCUAAAUUGACACACUCAUUUUAAAUGUGGCAUUCCUUGGCCAAUAUUUGGUGCUGGAAUGCCAUUCAGAUUUGUGUCAAAAACUAAACAUAGAAAUGAAAAAAAGCUGAGCCAAAUAUCUUGCAAGCUCUGUGGAACUGUUAGCAAGUAUUUGGAAUUAAUGACCUGAGUUUUAAAGAUUGUCAGUGUUCAGCAGGAAUGCAUAGUUGCAAAGCUACAAUUAUUUCAAGGGUACAAAGUCACACCUUAGCUAUGUACUGUUUUAAGAAACAUGAUGGGGGCCUUUUCAUGGCAAUAAACUUUUACCUAUUUAUCAGUGAUAACAUAAUUAAGUGACAUCUGAGAAUUGUCUACACAGCUAAACUUUUCUGAGCUUGAAGAGGAAAGACACUUUUCAGUUACUUUUGCAUUGUCUUAUAAGGUCAUUAAAAUGCAAAAUGGUUUUGAAGAAUGAAGGUGCCACAACUUAAAGGUAUAUGACAAAGCAAAUAGCAAUCACAUAGAUUCUGUAAUGAUGUACAGCUGAUGCACACGCACUGCGCGCGCGCACACACACACACACACACACACACACACACACACACACACACACACACACACACACACACACACAUACACACAUGCAUACAUACAGGCCUCAGUGACAAUAGAAUCACAUACUGCUUUAAUGGUAAAAACUGUACAGAAAACCCAGAAUGCAAUCCAAGUUAUAUCAAUCCUUUAUUUCAAUUCCAGAAUAAAAUGAAACAUUUUUCUUAGUAUGUCUCAUAGAAGUCUAUUAAUAGUACUUUAAUUUCUAAAUUUAGUCAGGCUGGAAGUCUAAACAUCAGUCUGGGAAUGUGUUAAAACAGUUAUGCAGCAUUUCCUUGUAAACAAUAAGAAUAUAGCUGUUCUGGGCAGAGCAUGCUUGGGGCAAACAUCAUAUAUUCUCCAUUUACACCGCUCUGUGGUUUAUUUAGACAGCAGGUUCAUAUCAGUGAAACUUUGUUGUACAGCAUGAAAACUUGGAGCUGUUAGUCACCAAUCUGCGGCUUAUCAUACAUUUCCCAGACGAGUGCCACAGUUAGAUGGCAUUUGUUUGCUCUUUUAAGACAUAUGUAAUUUUCUCUUUGAAGCCUUUUAAUGUCAUCAUGAAACAUCCAGUUUACAAUACAGUGACUGCUGCAAAUUUGAAGGCUUUUAAAAGAAACAAAAAGUUUAAAAAGAAGUAAAAUGCUAAUAUGAUAGUGAAAUUAUAGGUUAGACAAACUGACUUCUAGUGGAAGAAGCUAACAAAACAGAACAUAAAAAUAAACCUCUCAGCAUUAGCAAUUACACAUGGACAUAAGUGGGUCUGUGAUUGUCGUAGUUUCCUGGAGAGAGUGAUUUACGCUCAUUUAUGCCCUGGUAGGAAAUGUCAUACAAGAAAUAAAUACUGCGAGCAUGUUUGUAGUUGUAAAACAUAUACAGAGUAUGUGGAGUGUUUCUCCCAGGGCCUCCGCUGAAAAUGGGCUCUGUCCCAGUCGGACUUUCCUGUAAACAAAUGUUAAAUAAAUAAAAUAUAAAGCAAGCAGUCAGAUUCACUAAUGGGGUAUGCUACGUAUGUUCAAUGUACACAUAAUAUAAGAAGCCCCAAAAUGAAUGGAUUAAAACAUAACAUGUCAUUUUUUCCCAUAAGCGUAGCAUUACUUACAGUGUACUUUCCAGAAAUUAUUACACCUCCAGGCUGUUGUUAAGUGCUCAGCUACUAGAGUCAUGCCUGAUAAUACCCUGGCUGUAAGUGGAUAUCUGUUUAGCGCAUGCCCCAGCGUAUAUUAUUACUUACGCAUUGCACAUAAAUGUACAGUAUAAUAAAUAUUUCAAGCAAUUAAGUCCUUUUUAAUAACACUAAUAAACAUGAUAUUUAUUGGCAAACUAUACACACAAAGUUUAAUAAACAUUGCAAGGGCAGUUUGUGCAUUCAGAAGAAUGUAAAACAGAAAGCUGGGAGUAAAACCAUCAGCUGAAAAUAUCAGCCUUUGUUCAUAUGUUUUCCAAGACAGGCUGAACCUAUUUGCAUUUGAAAUUGCUUCUGAUGGAGUCAUUGCUUUGCUUUUCAUUUGCUUUAGUCUCAAUUUUAAGAUAUUUAACACAGGAGAAGAUAUUUCACCCUCACUGCAAGUGACAUAUUUAAUCAGAGGCCUACUUCCAAGGGCAAAUCAGAUGGGGAGAAAUGGAGCUGAUAAAACUAUCCUACAUUUCGUCAUUUUUUUCCACUAUAGUGACCUUGGGUAUCUGUUAACAGGUAGUCACAUGUGACUACCAAAGCAAUGGUGGAGGGCAGGUUGGCAUCAGUCAAAAUUGCCUUGUGUUAAGACGUGCAGAGGUCUGAGCACUUGAAGUUAUAAAGUGCUUACACUGCCAGUAUAAAGAAAUUGGAGAAGGGCAUAGAAUACAAAAGCUGGAAGUGUUCAUUAUGUAGGCAGUUACUUUCUGCUGCUCACUUCUUACCCUGUGUUAGAAAUAAAUUGGGCAUGUAUUGUCUGGGGUCUUAAUUCACCUAAUCCAAAUGCUGGAGAUAAAUAAAAGUUAAAAAAGAAUGUAUGCAAUUAGAGAACAGCAGAGUCAAAGUUUCUUUGACUGAGGAGUAGGUGGGAUCCCCCAAUCCCCCAACACCCCCACCCACCCAUUUGCUACCCUUAGCAGUCUGUGGUGCAAUGGGUUGUGCAUUUGCCUUUGGUGCUGGAAGAUUAAAAGGCUGUGGGUUCUAUUUCCACUCCAGGUGACUGGAUUGCUAGCACUGCAGUAAAACUUUAGGGGUGUGCUGCACUCCUGAGUCUGUCAUCCUUCAGAUCAGAUGCUAAACUGAGUUCCCAUCUACUUGAAGUGGUGGUAGCUCAGGUGUGUGUAAAAGAUCCCACAGCACCUACUGAAAAGAGCAGUGGAAGUUCCCUGAUGCUUCAGGUCUCUCCUUAAAAGAGGCUAUUAGCAUACUGGGACUAAUCCGCUUUACAAAGGACAAAGAAAAUUUAAAACAUAUGAAGUGCCUUGAGGACAGCAGUCAUAAUUAAUGAACUCUUGUAUUACUCUUAGUGAAAAAUUACUCACAGCCAUAACUCCAAAGGUAGGGAAACCAUUUAGGGACGAAGAACAUAUUCAGUCACCUGCUGUCAAAUAAUCUAAUUUACCAGAAAUCAUGUUAGCUAUUCACUUCAAAUCCAGUGCAAACAAAGGCAUCAAAUUUCGUUUGCAAUUAAAUGGUUUACUCAAACAUCAUAAAAUGGAAAUUUAAAAUUAAGUUAAUUCUUACUAGUUUAUGUAAGGCUAGGUGGUGAUACUAGAACAAUGUAGAACCUAUAGAGAUUGAUAUUUUGUAUCCCAGUAUAGCAAAUUAAAUCAGAAGAUGGACUGACAUUUUAAGAGAGGUACACUUCUUUGCCAAGAGUGUCAUGGCACAGAAGAAUUGUAAGUAAACGUACAGAGUACUGCAGAAACGUCUAAGAAAUAUCUGAACAACUGAUUUUGGGGACUCUGGUCCACUCUUUAUGUGAGGCAUUAGGGACCUUUGGAGUGUGGCCCCUGUGUGCAGUCUGUAUGUAAGUUAAGUUAUACUAUUUUAGAAUACAAUGCAAUAAGGAACAAUCAAUAUUUCUGUCACCUCAGGUAACAGAAUUAAUCUUCCUUAUAAGAAAAAAUAUUUCACAGAAUCAGUUUUCAUUUUGUUCUGACCAUCUAGAAACAUUAUUAUCGAUGUAAGGGCUAUAAUGCAUAUGUUACAGGUAUAGAUUCAUGCAUAGUUGUACUGUGUCUCAGUGGUUAAAACACAAUUAAUUAAAAUUGAAAUUGUGAGGACAUUUCACUCUGAAUUUGCCACAUCAGAGGAAAACCCCUUUUUCCCAUGCUGCAAAAACCUUAGAUUUAAUUACAUAAGAGAUGAGAGUAUAUUGGGUUAUCCACUGGACAGGGGCUGUAGGAACCUUUGCUCUACACAUACAAUAACUGUUUUAGUCUUUUUUAUUAGGUACCAUUUUGGCACUUGACUUUUGUGUUGCUGGUCAUUUGACUAUAAACCAUAUAGAAAUAUUAAAUGUGUUUUACAACUUGUAGAUUGUUAGUCAUGCACAUACAAUAAAGACAUUCCAUAGCCUUUGUAAGCACAUACAGACAUGAAGUCAUGUAGUUACUGGUGUAUGGCACAUUCAGAAUUUAGUCAGACAUGACAUACCUCACACAACUAUGGUUUAAUGCUUUAAUAACUUUGCAAAGUCUAAAGCCAAAAUCAGUAUUAAUAACCAGUAUAAAAUGACUAUGUUCCACCAUACAUUCUUGGAGGCUAAAAUGAAACCUUAUUAUUGUUUUUAUUAAGGAUAUAACAUUACUUAUCAUACCUAAUAAAAUUUGGGUAAAAAGUAUAAGCCAUAUUUUUACACCCCAGAAUACUUGCCAGUAACAUCUCAUAUCUUAUCAUUCAGUGUGUGUGUGUGUGUGUGUGGGGGGGGGGGGGGGGAGCUGCUUAAGAUAUGAAAAUGUGACAUUCAUUUAUUUAAUACAACCAUAAGUACGGAAAUGGAUGCUAUUGUUAAAAUAAUUAGUAAUGUAUUUAUUUUCUCAUUUAAGUUAUUUAUGAGAACAUUUUUGUAGAUGUCUAAAUAUUACUAAAGCCUAAA